UGUAGCCUAUGUGAUCCUAAAGAAUAGGUUUAAAGAACAGAGAUCAAGAACGAGAAGAACGAGGAAAAUGAAAGUGCUUGUAAUUAUUCAGACUAUGUAAUUCUUUAGACUAUGAUAUUCUGGUAUCGCUGUAUUAAUCUAUGUCAAUCAUUUGAAUAUGCCGCAUACAUUAGGCAGCAAGCUGAAAGAAAACUUGAGAUCUCCGUCGAACAAAUUCUUUGCAGGUUUAUGUCAAGCACUCGUCAUUGCAGUCCUCAUCUUGUUUGCAUUCUUCGUGUUCGUCUCUCGUAACACACAUUGUCAGCCCGCGGAUUGUAUAAUUCCUACUCGACGAUUAUCUCACCCGGAGCCAAAGAAUUCUUCGCCUAAGAUUAAAUCUUCUCAUUUUUCAGCACAGCCUGAAUCUGAUCAUUCUUCUCGGUCCCCUCCCCCUGUUGUUCCUGUUCCUGCUCGGGCUCGGGCUAGGCCUAAUUCUCCGAGUACAACAAAUGUGAGUCACCUCGUGUUUGGCAUAUCCGCAGCAGCUAAGUCCUGGAAGAGUCGACAACAGUACAUUGAGUCCUGGUGGAGGCCUAAUGUAACGCGAGGGAUCGUGUUUUUUGAUGAUCCUCCCUCGAAAGACCUCCUGCCCUGGCCUUCCUCCUCUCCUCCGUACAGAGUGGCGGAGAAUGCUACAAAAUUUGAGGUGUACAAAAAACACGUGAAGCCGUAUGUGGUCCGGAUUGUUAGGACGGUUUUGGAGUUGUUUAGAGAAGUGAAGGAUCAUUCGGGUGUCAGAUGGUACAUCCUGGGAGACGAUGACACGGUAUUCUUUCUGAACAAUCUGUUGAAGGUUUUGAGAAAAUAUGAUCAUAGGAAAUACUUCUAUAUUGGGGGAACUUCGGAGUGUACAAAAUCAAAUUAUGAUUUUUCGUUUGAUAUGGCCUAUGGUGGUGGAGGUUAUGCAUUGAGCUACCCUUUGGCUGCUGUUCUUGUGAAGAAUUUGGAUGCUUGUAUCAACAGGUAUCCGUAUCUUUAUGCCAGUGAUCAGAUUCUGCAGUUCUGCAUUUCUGAACUCGGAGUUUCAGUCACAUUCGAGAAGGGAUUUCAUCAGCUUGAUCUGGUGGACGACAUAUCAGGGCUUCUUUCAGCACACCCUCAAUCACCACUGGUAACUCUGCAUCAUCUUGAUAUUGUCCUCCCAAUUUUCCCUCAAUUAGCGCGAAAUAAAUCCCUGGAACACCUCAUGGAAGCUGCAAGUUUCGAUGAGGCACGUAUGCUACAACAAACCAUUUGUUAUCACAAGGGAAUGAAAUGGUCAUUUUCCAUUUCAUGGGGCUACUCGGCUCAUAUAUAUGAGCUGCUUCUCCCUGUCAGCAUUCUUCGUAAACCCCUGGAGACAUUCACUCCCUGGAGCCUUAAAAAACGACCGCCUGAUUAUAUGUUCAACAUUAGGCCAUAUGAACCGAAACAACCUUGUGAUGCUCCUCAUAUUUUUUACUUGGAUACUAUUGAGAAAAGCAUGACAUCAGAUACGAUUGUGACAAAUUAUGUACGACUGGAAAAACGUAAGGCAAAAACGUGUCGAUUGACAAUGCGGUCUGCUGAUUAUAUCUCAAGAAUUGAGGUUGUUUCACCUGCAGCAGAACCUGUAAAGAACGAGAACAGAGGUGAAUGUUGCGACGUUAUUCAAGUUACUAAUAGUAGCACUGCUAAAGUCAAUAUCAGGACUUGCAGGAAAGAUGAACUAGUGGCGCCAAUGUAGCGAAUUUCCAUUGUUAUCCAGGAGGGGGAAAUAUACUCAGACACCAUCAAGUUACAUCGUUUCCUCGAGAGGGCAUGGACUUGUUGCCAGCAAAUUGGCAGAUCUUACGAAGCAUGGCACAUCAAUUCAACGCGUAUAUUGAUUUACUGGUUUGGAUUCAGUAUAUAGUUCAUUCUUGAUCAUCACUCAGAAUGUAGACUCCUCAGAAUGUAGACUACUUAUAAAAAAUUAUGCGAAAAAUGAAAAUAUUCAUUAAUUGAUUAAUGACAGAAUUCAAAACAAGUUUUGCAAUUUCAAAAC